GGGAGCUCGAGUCAAGUCGGGUCAACGGCUGGAGAAAAAUCUUAUCGAUCUGAUCGACAUUUUGAUCAAGCUAAACAUAAAACCGACGCUCCAAGAUGGCGCAGGAGCACAUUGCGGCAUUAGCCCUGGAACAGGCGGUAGGGCGAUUUUCCAGAGACGAGGAGCAGUCUGACGACAUUCUUCUGGUGAGCGUUACGAACUCAGUCAACGUGGAAAGCAUGUGCCCCGGCCCCGGUGACGAAGUGGAUGUGGCCUACUUCCAGCUCAACAACCCCCGCAUCACCUGGGGAGUGAAACUGCUGGUUGCUGAUAACGGCGUUCUCCGCGUCGUCCUCUACGACGUGUCGGCCAAGGACCGCAGCCGUCUGCACAUGCGCGGCACCGUGCACGUCAGGUCCCGCUGCUCGGGCGAGUACGACGUCGACCUCCAGGUCGAUGCCAAGGACCACGAGCCGCUGAGGCCGCGGAGCCCGCUCCGCCUCCGCGUCGCGGUGGACGCGGACGGACCCGCCACCAUCGCGAGCGUGCACCGCGCCACGGUGUCGGAGAUCGGGGUGACGAUGACCACCUUCUACUACCACCCCAAGCAAGGCCCGGCCGCUGACGAGGGUCGCGCGGACAGUAACUCGUCGGAGGACGCGACGUCUGAGGAGGUCGAGGUGGACACGGCGGCGGUGAACGAGGGCCCGGACGCUCGGCUGCUAAACAGGCUCAGCGCCGAUUUCGGACAGCUGUUGACGACUCAGAAGGAGGCCGACAUCACCCUGGUCGCGGAGGAGCAGCCCGUCCGCGCGCACCGGGCCAUCCUCGCCGCCAGGAGUCCCGUGUUCCGCCGACUGCUGCAGCGGCACCGGGACCGGGCCGAGCCCCUGGAGCUGGAGGACGCGCCCCACGAGGCGUUCCUCAAGGUCCUGGACUUCAUGUACACCGGCGACGCGUCGGGGCUCCAGGGACUCGAGAGGGACGUGCUCGUGCUGGCCGGGCGCUUCGGCGUCGACGACCUGGCCGACCUCUGCUGUCGGCGCCUGCUGCGCGCGCUCCGCCUCGACCACUCCAAGGCCCUCGACAUGCUGGCGUUCGCCGAGCGCCACGCCGUGCACCGCCUCAAGCAGAGCGCGCUGCUGGUCGCCGUCGAGCACCUGUGCGAGGUGACCGCCUCCCAGCAGUGGCACGACUACAAGCAGAGCAUGCCCUCGCUCGCCGCCGACCUCCUGGAGACGGCCGCACGCGUGCUCAGGCAUUCAAGAAGGGCCUCAUUUGGUCCAAAAAUGUCUGUGAUAGGAGUUAAAAUGUAUAUUGUUAGAGAUUGUAACAAAAUAAUCAGUCGUAUUCCAGACACAGAUGAAGAUUAUCCAGGCCCAGUUUGGUUUUUAAUAAUCUAUCAAUAUCAGUGCCCCAUGGAGGGAACACAUGAAUUAUUAAAAUAUUCGGUCCGGUCAAGGAGCAUUUUAAAUGGGGUCUAG